UGCGUUGCGCGCGCUAAUUUCUUUUUACGUCAUAUUGUUUAAAAGUGAAAACAUAUUCUAAUAUUAAAAUGAGUGAUUUUAGUGACGACGACGACAUAUAUUUGACGCCGACAGAAUUGAUCGAAACUGUAAAUAAUGUACAGAUGACCUUUCUCCCUCAACAAUCACGCGAGAAGUAUUUGAAACAAUAUGAAAUGUUCAAUACAUGGCGAAUAGCUAAAGGUGCCAAAACAUUUUCAGAAAACGUUUUGCUUGCAUAUUUUGUUGAAUUAUAUAAGACGAGGAAAUCUAGCACACUAUGGAGUACUUACUCAAUGCUAAAAGCAACGAUUAAGAUGAAAAAAGAUAUUAAUAUCGAAACAUAUACUAAGUUACUGGCAUUUUUAAAAAGAGCCUCAUCUGGUCAUCAACCAAAAAAAUCGAAAGUUUUCACAGCAUCCGAAAUAGAAAAGUUUGUUAACAAUGCACCAGAUUCCAUGUAUUUGGCGGCAAAAGUUGUUCUUAUUAUUGGCAUAAACGGAGCAUGUAGAACAAAUGAACUAACACUGCUUAAUGUCACAAAUAUUGAGAAACAUUCGGAUGAAUUGUUAUUGAUACACUUAACGAAUACAAAGACCAAAAGAGACCGCAACUUCGUCAUUCGCAAGGAGUACGCAGCGAUUGUAGAGAAAUACAAAGCUUUACGCCCUCUUAACACUCCAACCAAUCGAUUUUUUCUACAAUAUCGCAACGGAAAGUGUGUUCGACAGCCUAUGGGUUCUAAUAAAAUUGGCAGUAUCCCAGGAGAAAUAGCGACAUUUCUCGAACUCCCAGAACCUCAACUGUACACGGGUCAUUGUUUCCGACGAACUUCAGCCACACUUUUGGCCGAUUCAGGAGCUGAUCUUCUGUCUCUUAAGCGUCAUGGAGGCUGGAAGUCUAAUGCGGUAGUAGAAGGAUAUAUAGAGGAUUCUAUCGAAAAUAAGUCUAAAAUAUGUAAAGGCAUCGUGGGAGCCAUUACACUGAACAAGCCUUUGUCAGAUCCUUGGACUGGCCCUUCCACAUCAACAAUGAGCCGACAACCGACGUCAAUGGGAUCGGGGGACCAACAGGUUCCUAGUAGGGUCUCCGCUAACGGUGGUUGUGUGUAG